GCAGCAACCAGAAAAGUAGUGGUAGUUACAUGGGGGCGGAUAAGUCAUUUCCACCAUAAACCAAACAGAUAAGUCCCAAGCUUCGCCUGGAUGGUUUCUAAGUUGGGCAAUGGCUACACUGAGCUCCACUGCGCAUGUUAGCACCAACCCCUUCAGUUCAUCAACCGUGUCUAUUAAAGUACACAAGUUCCGGCCAGUGAGGUGCGCACUGUCACCCCCAAAUUGGCGGGAAAGCAGGCGAUUGGUCUCCGUUUCCCUCUCUCUCGUUCUCUCGCAUUUGUUCUUCGUCCCUGAUAAUGCUGUUGCUGGAGGCUUUGAUAAAUACGUGAAAAGGAAAAAGCUUGAUCCCCUUGAGGCUUAUGUAUCACCGGUUAUAUUGACCCAGUUACAAAUCAAGGACUUGGAGAAAUCUCUGGAAGGUGAUCAGCCGCAGUAUGCUACCUGUAGGUCUCUGCUACGCUCUGGCCCUGCAGCGUCUCUUCGUGUUAAUAUCAGAGCUGUGGCACAAUAUGCUUCAGACAGUGGAGAUGGGAAAACUGCUUCUACAAGUGUUGAUCAAUGUCUCAGGGCCUUGGAGGAACUAGAUAACUUGCUUUUACGCGCUACAAGAAAUGACCCAGGAGCUUCAGUCAAGUCAAUGAAGACACAGACCAAUACUGCCCUUAAUGCAUUGGACAGCCUCCUCAAAACUGUGCCUUCAGACGUGCUAGACAAAGGGAAAGUUGCAGCUGAUUCUUAUAGGAGCUCAUUAGAGAAUGCUGAUGUUGAUAUCUCAGACCCAGAACUGAGGGAAUUGCAAUCCAUAUUAUGAACUCAUCACCUAUGAGAUUCUCCAGACAGCAUGGGUGCAUUGUAAACUUCCCCUUUUUUUCAUAUCUCAUCAACACAUACAAUCAAGUACAAGUACAAGGCUUGCAUCCAAACUCAACAAGUAGAGGAAAGUGUCCCAUGUUGUAAAUAUUCUGGUUAAAUAAUUUUACGAGUACCAUAGUGCGCGGACA